AUGUUGAACAUAAUCAAGCGCCAAAUGGCAUACCAAAAAGCCCGACCCACAAGUCAUCCCGCUUGCGAUGUUUUCAUAAACCACCGUGGCAUAGACACAAAGAGAUCAAUUGCAUCUUUGUUGUAUCAUCAACUCUUGUUGUCAAGAAUUCCAUCAUUUCUUGACAACAAGAACAUGAAGCCUGGUGAUAAGCUCUUUGAGAAUAUCGACAGUGCAAUACUGGGGUGCAAGAUUGGCGUAGCAGUCUUUUCACCACGAUACUGUCAAUCGUACUUUUGCCUUCAUGAACUCGCAUUGAUGAUGGAGUCCGGGAAGAAAGUUAUUCCCAUAUUUUGUGAUGUGAAACCCUCCGAGCUUCGGGUUUCGGAUAACAAAAUAUGUUCAGGGUCUGAGAUCAAAAGAUUCGGUUAUGCUAUCGAGGAGGCUAAGAAUACCGUAGGACUCGCGUUCAACACAACCAAAGGGAAUUGGUCGGACGUGGUAACAUAUGCAACAGAGUUGGUGAAAGAAAGCUUGAUCGAGAUAGAAAAUGAGAAGCAUGCUACUCGUCAGGCUCAAAUCUUAUACUAA